AAGAAUCACAUAAUAAAUCUUGCCUUAUUUCUAAAUCAUGAACAAUCAGAUAAUUGAAGCUGCAUCAACCAUUAGCAGUUCGUAAUACAAUUUGCAUGAGUUCGCUUAGCAAUAAUGGUCCAUAAAAUUCACGAACAUGAUCCUUGUACAUGUAUAUCCACAUAUCCAUAUACACAUACAUCCAUGUAUAUGGAUUUUGACACAUACCACCACCACCACCAAAUGAUCGGCUGGACCGCCCUUUGAAUCCUAAACAACUCUCUUCCACAGAUGAUGCAAUGCAUUAAAACUUCCGCACCUUGUCUUCCACAGUCCGUCAGUGCGAACGGUGUGCUGCGAGUUGCGCGUGUGUGCGUGGUUCACAGAACGAGCAUGACAUUCAUGUCGUGUUAUGACGUUUGUUGUUAAACACACAGUGACUUUGCGCUAUUAGCCGGCGCGGUAACGAACGUGCUGAGCACUGGUAGGGUCAGUCGUCCUGCGGUUUCCGGCUGUAGUUCUUAACCUUACUGUUUUCUAUCACUGACCUCAAUACACGUAUCUUGACCGGUUCAACAGCGACGAAUUAUUAUACGAUUCAACGUAAUUAAAGCUAUACCAAGUUUUUGACAAAAUGCCAGUAGUUUGGUCUGCUGUGGGAGCCACUGUGCUUCCCAAUGUGGGGGGAUGGUUGGGAGCGGCGGUAGUCAGACCGAAUUUAAAGUGGUACGAGACAUUGAAGAGGCCCAGUUGGAGACCCCCAAAUUGGGCAUUUGGUCCUGUUUGGACUACCCUAUACACAGGCAUGGGCUAUGCCUCAUACUUGGUUUGGAGAGAUGGAGGUGGUUUUGAAGGGAAUGCUCGGUUACCCCUUGCACUUUAUGCAUCCCAGUUAGCACUGAACUGGACUUGGAGUCCAAUAUUUUUUGGUGCUCAUAAUAUUCCACUGUCCCUUGUCAACAUAAGCCUCCUGUACAUCAAUACUGCUGCCUGUGGUUAUUCUUUCUAUCAGAUUAACCAAUGUGCUGGUCUAUUGUUUGUACCAUAUAUGGCAUGGCUUACUCUGGCAUCGUGCCUUAAUUACUAUAUUUACAGACAUAAUCGAGGUUCAAAGAGCCUAAAAGAAGAAAAAGAGAAAUGACUGUAACUCGUUAAAGCCCCAUGAUCCAAACAGUGACCUUGUUUUAGCAAGAAUAUAUCGUAAACACAGCACAUAAAAUGGUUGCAAAACUGGUGUUGAAAUUAAAUCCCAGUGCCUUGUGAAAUGAUUUUAUUUUUGUUUGGCAAUAUCUACCUCUCUGGCUUUGGGAGCUCGAUUCAAUGCAGUUUUGUGUAAAAAUAGUGGAAAAAAGAAAUGAAAUGUCUUUUAAAUAGUAAUUGUUGUUGAACAUUUAUAGUUUCAAAUAUUGAUUCAUUUUUUAUAAUGAGGGGGUAUUUUGCAGAGAAAAUACAGUCUAAUAUCUUGAAAAACUUGAACUUUAAGAUACAUUGUAAGUUAUGUUUUGCAACAUGUAUAUUUUAAUAAAGUUUUUUCAUGAAACUGGC